GCCCGUCUCGCGGACAAAAGGCGAAUCUGUCUGACGGUGGGCUGAAGCCCAAAUACAAUUAAGAGGAGACAUUUUAAGGGGGAAACUUGAUGUAAUACGAGUGUCACGGCUCCACUGAGACAACAUAAGCCCGCAUGUUACAUGUAACGUCUGUGGAAAAUUGUCUACUGGAACAAGAAAGGAUGUUCCAGCAGUGCGAGGAGCCUCGCUUCACCAUUGAGCAGAUCAACCUCCUCCAGAGGCUCAGGAGGACGGGCAUCGGCCAGGCCGAACUCCUCCAUGCCCUCGAGACCUUGGACCACCUGGAUCAUCUGGACUGUCCCCACAGAUGCACCGCAAACCACCAACCGUCUUUCUAUGCCCCACCUUCGUCUUCCACCGCCGCCACUCAGACCGUCUUCUCCGACAGCCGCCUAUCGCCGAGUAGCUUUGAUGUAACCUUGCCCGUCGACAUAGCAACUGUAGCGCAGACGAACGGGAAGAUGUCGCCGCGGCCCAGGUUUCCUCUAGUGGGGGGCGGUGUGGUGGGCUACGGCUUUGAGACGGGCGACGAAGACGUGGAUGUCGAUGAGAAAGUGGAAGACUUGAUGAGGAGAGACAGUGGUGUCAUCAAAGAGGAGAUCAAGUGCUUCCUGGCCAACAGGCGCAUCUCCCAGGCGGUGGUUGCACAAGUGACGGGAAUUAGUCAGAGUCGCAUCUCCCACUGGUUGCUGCAGCAAGGGUCUGACCUCAGCGAGCAGAAGAAACGAGCCUUCUUCAGAUGGUAUCAGCUGGAGAAGAGCAGCCCUGGUGCCACGCUGGCCUUGCGCAGUGCCCCGCUGACGCUGGAGGACGUGGUGAUGGACUGGCACCAGGCCCCGCCCACAUUCGCUCCCGCUCCAGUGGGCUUCCGCCUGCGCCGGGGGAACAGAUUCACCUGGAGGAAGGAGUGUCUGGGCGUCAUGGAGAGCUACUUCAGUGACAAUCAAUAUCCUGACGAAGCGAGGAGGGAGGAGAUCUCCAUGGCCUGCAAUGCCGUAAUUCAAAAACCAGGAAGACAGCUUCUUGACUUUGAGAAGGUGACGUCUCUGAAGGUGUACAACUGGUUCGCCAACCGCCGCAAGGACAUCAAGAGACGCGCCAACAUUGCUGUGAGGAGUGUGUGUGUUCAUGAAGAAGCAGCCAUCUUGGAGAGCCACAGCAUAGAUGUCGAGAGUCCCGGUGGUCAGUCCAACGGCGAUGAGGUGGACGCCAACGACUUCCCCGAGCAGGUUCCCACGCUGCCGCCCAACUGGAUGGCCGUCCUGGGCCGAGGGGCCGCGUCGGGGCCGAGGGGCUGCUCCCUGACCGGCCGUCGGCCGUCCUGGUCGCCGCCUUCGCCCGCCCCCCGGGACGAGCCGAGUUCGGAGAAGGCGGCCGACGACCGAGCGGACGGGGCGGGCUUAACUUUGGCCGGCGACAUCAAGACGGAGGCGAUCGAAGACGAUUGAAAGGAGGUGACGUUAACCGUGUCCAUAUGCAAAUAUUUGCCCUCCGACAACCAAACUGCAAGUUGCACUCAACUUAAGUAAACGUUUCUACGAGCGUCCAUGACGACUGACGAGACGCUCGUCACACUGUGAUCACAACGGUGCAGCCUCAAACUAAAUGUGUACAGCCAAGCAUUAUUUUUGUGUUCCAUUUUAAUGGUAUAUUACAAAAAAAAAAAAAAAAAAAAAAAAAUAUAUAUAUAUAUGACAAAUUGAUGAUCAAAAUAAGCUGAGUGAUGGACGCAAAGAAAUGCUCCCGUUUGUUUUGUUUUUACACUGAUUACUACAAAUUAGCGUCACUCGGGGGGGGGGGAAGAAAAAUACCAAAAUAACGUGAAAAUAGUCAUGAUAUUAAUAAAAAGGUUUUUUUCAUAUCACAACCAGUCAUGGUUUCAGUAAAAACAUUUGCAAUAUGACAAGAUGACUUUAAAAUUGAAAUAUUAAAAGUCUUUGUAGAAAGUAGUUAUAUUUAUAAUUAUUAUUUCCAUUGGAAAUUUUGAGUAAAGAAGUUGUCAUUUUUCUUAAUUAAAAAUUCGCACAGAACAGACUAUCUUUUUUUUCUUCUUCUUAGAAAUAAGCCCAAGCAAUAAUAUCACCGGAAAGCAAAGUACAAUUUUUUUCCCCUUCUUCUUUGGAAAAAGUCAUUAUUUAAAGGAAUAACGUUUUUUUUUCCUCUACAUAAACAUUUUAUAUCGGGAGGAAAAGGUGAUUCCCCCCCCCCCCCCCCCCAGUAAUUAAUAUUACAGGAAUAUAAUCAUAAUUUUUACAAAUUAAAAAUUCCCCAAACCUUUUUUUUUUUCUCUCUUGAGAGAAAUAUUUGCCUAUAUACUCUACCAAAGGCUAUUACUCUUUUCUUGUCAAGCUACUAUAACUUUUACUCUUAGUAUUCUUUAUUCUUUUGAGUUUGGUGCUCAUAUUCAGUUUACAAAAUGAUAGUAAAAUACAUGAAAAUAUAUAUUUUUAGUUUUUAUUUUAAAAUUCUUUUUUUUUUUUUUUAUAAAGUAAACCGGGGGUGGGGGGAAUCCUGAAAAUCUACAAUGGAAGACCUUUCUUUGUGUCCAUAACACCGCCUGCGCUGUUAUGUCAAAUAUUCAAAAUAUGUACUAUAUGCCUCUAUAUACUGUACAUGAAUACAUAAAAAUACAGUAUAUAUUACAUUAUAUAAACUGUGAGGGUGGGGGAUGUUUUUAAAAAAAAUUUUUUAAUUAUUAUUCUACACAAACGCGUUUCCAUUUACCAGAACAAAAAAUAGCUUCUGAUGGCAGAAGCCAAAGUAUUACCUUUUAAAAGUUUUUUUGAUUUUACAUUGUUAGAUGCAUGAAAUGUGUGGAGUCACUCCAAAAUGUCACCCCCCCAAAUGCUGUUUUCUACCUUCUAAUGUGUUUUAAACACAUUUUCAUUUCUUUCUUUCAUUCCAUGUCACUCACGUGUCGCAGCUAAACUAAGCUAGGACAUAUUUAGACUGUCGCCGAAAAUAUGUUGUCAAAUGUUUAUCAAACAAAUGAAAUGGAGCCAUUGGAGAGGGUUGAUUGAGCGCACCUCUGCUUAUUUCAACAUUUUUGCCAAUAUAAAUUAUUCGUGUCUGAACAAUUUUAACAAUCUGCCGUGAAUUUUCGUUCGGGUGCCUUACGUUGUACGUGUUUGUGUUGCAGUAAAGACGACUUUUUACGAUUCCUGCGAAACUUUUUACGAUUCCUGGGAAACGUCCAAAUUCCUGGAACAGUACCGCAAAUACGUCGGUUCGAGAAAAAUCUGUGACCAAGAAAAAAAUCGCCAAUAGGAGGCUGUGCAGGGGUUGAUGUCAGCCAAGAUCGGCCAUAGCUUGCGUUUGAGAGUUGGACAGCAAAACAGAGGAAAUACGAGCUGUUCUAAGUACUACGUGUGGAAAUCGAAGUCUCUAUUUGUAUCAGUCAAUCUUUAAAUUUCCACAUUUAGUCAUUUAUUAAUGCAGACGGUGGACGCGGAACCCAUGUUGCCGUGAGACGGAAACAGAAAACAAACACAGCUGACAACCGUGAUAAACUAGCAUUUUAGAAAAUAAAGGGGAAAACAUGUUUAAAAAUACUACAAGAAAAUAAACUAUCUUUUUUUUUUUUUAAUUAAACCUCAGACAUUUUAGCCAAUCAGGAGCCAGAAAAAAUAAUUUUGGAAAGUGGUAUAGUUAAAACCAACUUUCAUUAUACACUGCUUCACUUCUUUUUACUCUUGUACGACACCAAAACCUUUGAAGUCAAUCAAACCUCAAUUUACUUAUUUUUACACUUGACAUAAGACUGUUUCAAAGUUGAAGUUUCCUAACUGCCUCUAAAACCACACAUUUACAAAAAUGCGUGCGACUUAAGAUGUUUAAAACAUAUUUAUUCUUACAAGUCAUGCGAGACAAAACAGUAACAGGUAGGCGAUUUCCCAGUUUUCCUGAACACACCACCUAACCCUCGUCCCUUUUUGUAAACUACGCCCCACGUAGCCACGCUUGUGUACGGCCCUGUACCUCGCCUGGCGUCCUUUCAAAGGGAAAUGUAGCUUAUUAGGAGUCUCCUCAAUUGCGAAUUGUUCAAUUGGCCGCCGAAUGAAAUCAACUGAGUGGCAGUCCAGAUGUUUUCUGCUGUCCUCUGUGAUGCCAUUUUAGGAGCGUUUCCAUCACAGUCGCUCUUAUGAGAUUAUUUCAAGGUGUCACCUUUAGGUUAAUCCUGUACAGUUUACGUAGCUUUUGGAACACGAAAGAUAAUGUGGAGCCAAGUGUCCCCCCCCCCCCUUACAAAUCUUAUUUCUUGUUUUAACAUGGAGUGCCUUGUUUGGAUCCCUGACUGUUGUGUAAAAAAAUAAAAAUAAUAAUAAUAAUAAUAAUAAACCCACACAACUAAUUGUACUGCCUUUUUUGCCGUCUGCCACGGAAACUUUAUUUAUUUUUUUCUUACUGUUUUUAUGGAUUGUUUUUAUUCCAUUUACAGGGGAAUUAAAGCUGAUCAGUCAACCAGUUGUUGGGCGUUUUCCUCACAUUUUUUAUUUUAUUUUUGUUCUAAAUAUUUUCUUUCUCAUCUUUUAUUGGGUAAAGAUUGUCUUUACUUAGACAAGGGGUAGGCACCCGGUCGCCGCCAAGAACCAUGACUAGGCCGCGAGACUGUUCUCAAACUAGCUCACCUUGUAAUUUCCUAGGCAUGGUGUGGAAGUGAUCAUUUGAAAAUGUAAACACUUGUACAUGUGUAUUAAGUGCUACAUUUCAACAUUUGUUUUCUACCUUGUUAAACCAUUAAUUAUUGCGAGAAAUCAUGAACCAAAUAAUUUUUUUAUGACAAUCAAUAUUGAUAUUUGUUUUAAAUGAUACAAAGCCAAAGAACUACUUUUUUUUUUUUUUUGAAAUCCAGAGAGACCAUUAAGAACGGUUUCUUAUUUACAAUAUUGAUCUGAUCACUGAUACUAAAAAUAUAUAAUACAUUUAUAAAUUAACAACAACAAAAUGAGUGCCUAAAUGUUAUGAGAACACAAAACAAAAAAAAUACAAUACUUCAAAAUUUAAGAAAAUAUGUAAUUAGUAUAAAAUGCAUAGAAUAAACCAAAUAGCUGCUUAGUUUAAAAUCUAAAUUAAAUUUAAUAAAAACAUUUCAAACGAUAAAGUAAAUAUUUUAUUCAAUAAAUAAAACCAAUUUCAAAUACAAUUAUUUAAUUACAUAAGGACAUUUCAUAUUUGAGUAUUUAACAACAAACAAAAUAAACGGACUUCAUUUUUCUUUAUUUUCUCAUCACAUUACUAUUCAAAUGAUACAAAUUAAAAAAACAUGCUUAUUUUCAUAUACAUGUUCUCUCUUUGGAUUGCAGCGUAGUGACAGAAAACUAAAUUGUCAAAAAAAUAAAAAAAAGCCAUCGGUGCUCAAUAGUCUCUUCAUCUACACACAGCAAGAAACAUGAUUGCUAAUCUUUUAUCAUGUUGAUAUGAAAUGUUUGAGUUGCUGCGGUUUUCAUGUCAAAUCAUAUUCAUCCCUUAGUAACAAAAAAAAAAAAAACUUAUUGCUUAUGUUGACAACAACAACACUUAAAUACAAGCAAUAUGAAAAUGUAUGAAUUUUAGGGGUCCCCCAAAAUGAGCCCUCCAAAGGCGAAAGUUAGACUUAUGCGGGCAGAGCACGGUUAGUUCAAGCAAUGGCCAGAAAAAAAGGCAGUGCGAGGGCCUAUUCAAUUGCAUUUUUGCUUCAUGUUCAAGACAUUAGUUUGUUGUUUGUAGAACGAUUGAGAAGCGCCUCAUCUAGUUACUGAUUGCGGGCUUUGUGUAAUGUGAUGACGACAUCAUGCAUAAAAUCCCCAAAACAGUUCAAGUGCAGCAAACUGACGUGAGAUGUUAAAAGUCCACUUGAAAGGUUAAAAAUAAAAUGGAUUUGUACAAAAGACACAUUUUCCUUUCAGGGGCCAUUUUUGUGCGGAGUAUACAAAAUUAUAGUCACAUAACUUUUUUUUUUUUUUUUUAAAACUUUUCUCGUAAAGCCACACCAUUAGUGUACACUUUUUUCCCCUCAUAUUGACUACCCUCGUAAAUGUACAACUUUGUUUACUUACAGAAUUCCCAUUUUCUCGUAAAAUGACUUUCUCCUAAAAUGGAAACACUAAGUAGGCUUAAAAAAAAAAAAAAAAACUAAUACGUGGAAACAUUUUCUCUUAAUCUUGUGAAAUAGUUCUCAUAAAAUUGUGAUUUUCUUUCUUGGAAAAUAUAGACAUUUUUCCUGUAAUAUUGCAACUUUAAUUUACGAUGUCUUAUGUUCUAAUAUUAUGACAAUUACCUUCAGAGUUACAAAUGGACAUCAUGAAAUUCUGAUUUAUUUCUUGCAGAAUUGUGAGUCUUAAUCUUAUAAUCUUAAUCUUUAUUUUUCAUAAAAUUGUGAUUUCUUUAUUUUUUCUUUGAAACUUUAUAUGGAAACUUGUAACGUACACUUUUUAUCAAACUCGCAAAUUACUAUGCUUAAAGAAUUAGUUAACAUCAAAUUGUGAUCAUUUUUCUCAUAAAUUUAGAACUUUAAUUCACAAUUUUCCUCCCCCCCCAAUAAGAUGGCUAUUCCACUUUGUUAUCAUCAAAAUAACAAUCAUUGUGAUUAGAGAUGCACCGAAAAUGUGAUCACCAAAGAUUUGCGUCUAAAAAUGGCCCAAAAGUGCAUUUUCGGUUUUUGACCAAUGGACUUGUUGCCGAAACAGGAUAUCGUGAUGACGUAAGCGCAAAUGGUGGCCAGCGCUCAGUUGCAUAAACUAUAUUGCUGAAGAAAAACCAAAAACGGCAUGUCGCCCUAGCCACGACGCCGAGCCAAGGAGGUGAACAUCGGCUUCGCUUCCGGUGUCAACGCAGCAUAAGUCACUAUCAUUGCCUCCAUGGCAGCGAACAAGCUACACUUGUGACCAAGUCUCGUUGUCACAAAGGGAAGACGAGAAGCAACAGGAGAAAAAUGGGGCCGCCAUGCUAAUUGGUAAGCUAUCGUGACUUAUAGUCACAAAACACAGAAAUAAGUGACUGGGUUAGGGAUGUAGAAUUAUUCAAAUUUGAAUCGUCGUUAUGAUUUUGGCUGCCACGAUGAAAUGAGCCUGAUCAUCAGCAAUUUUGUUACAUUUCAAAGGAAGACGUUGCUGCACAUGAAAAGUGCUUCAUUUGCAGCAGUGCAAGUUGACCGUCUCAGCACAUUGGCGGCGUCGUGGGUGUCAUGGUAAGACACCGUUAACAAUCGUUGUAGCGGCUGCAUUGACUUCAACUUUUCGGCCGGCCUGCCCGCGAUGGGAAAAAAAAAAAAAAAAAAAAGAAAAACCUCGCCGGAAGUAAAUAGCGAGGGAAAUCACAACUACGGAGAUCUUAGCAGUUUGUGACCGAUGGUCAAGCGAAACGGAGACGUACCCUCCCUCGACAAUUCACUAUACUGACGACGGAGAUUUUCAAAUGAAAAGUCGGUGCUUACAGCCGACUGUUGUUGCGAUUUAUGCAUUAACUGUAUUUGCUCCCAUUAAGUUUCAAUUCGUAAUUGCACUUUGUAAUCGCAUAUUUGUUCAGUUAGCCCUCGGUAAAGUCAAAUUUCUUUGGGUACAUUUAAUGUUCAUCAUCCAUCAUUUAUUCUCAUUUAAAAACAUUUUUCACUGAAAUAUUGUUUGUUGAAAAGUAGUGCAAGAAAAAUCAAGAUUUUUCCCUAACGAGGAAUAAUCGUGCAGCCCUAGAUUGGGUGAUGUAGUACACAUGUGACAUAAGUCUGGCUGAAACUGUGUUAUAACGGGGGGGGGAAUAACCAAAUUUGAGAAAAAAGAAAAAAUAAAUAAAUAGCUGCAAAAUGCAAAGUGUCUGCAGAGAAAAUACACAGAAACACAGGACGCCGCCCGAAUCCGGAAAUGACUGAGUACGUAACAGCUCCGUUCACGUCACCCGAGAACAAGGGUUAAAAGCAUAUCAUUAAUAUUUAUAAGAGAACCUUUAUUUUUCCCACAAUGGGGAAAUCUGCAUCGUUUCAGGGGAAAUAGUGAAUACAGGAAAUACAAAAAUAGCAGGCAAGAGAAUUGUACAAGAAGUACAUUGCACAAAACAGAAAAAACGAUUUUCCGUGCAUAAACUAUACAAUUCAGUAAUGUUUGUUGGUUUGCAAAAUACAGUACUAAGUUUUAAUUCUGACUUUUGAGAUCUGACUAAUGUGAUUCAAUAGACUCUCUUUCUUUACUAGGCUUCAAAACAGAAUUGGUAAAGUAUUUAAUCCAAAGAGACGGAUCAUUUUGACAACGGCACGUUGAAACUUUGAUUCGGGCUGCAAUUGCGUCGGCCAUUACAAGGCUGAUGGAAUAAAUACAGUAAAAUAAAUAUUGAAGCCAUAAUUCAUCAACAAUUAACGAUUAUAAAGUCAUGCUUAUGUUGUGCAAUUGAACAGUAUGCAGAAUUAAAUAAUAUACUACAAUAACUUCUGCCGUAACGUUCUUGACAUCAUUUAAAGAAUAUGCAGAGCAGUCAUAGCCAGAAAUGCCUUUUUCCUAAUUAUUGGCAUCGUCAUUUCUUCCGGUGUUUGGGGUUUCGGCCAAGAAUUUUCCGUUCGGUGCAUCACUAACUGUAUGUUGUUUUUUUCCGUAAAAUGUCAAUGUUUUUCUUGUAAAAUUGUGACUUUUUGUUGUUGUAAUAUUACAAAUUGAAUUAUGAGCACCAUCCCCCCCAGGAAUAUAAAUUUGUCAGAGAAUUACAAUUUGCUGUCGUGAAUUAGAAUUUUUCUCUAAAAUUGCCAAUUAAUUUCUUGCCGCGACUUUGUUCUAUUUUACGAGCAUGUAAAUGUUCGGGGGCUUUUUCUAACAUUUCCGACGAGGUUUUAUUUGUUCUUAAAUGGCGGAGCAGGCCCUCUAUGGUCCACAAGCCAUAGGUUUCCCACCCCUGGUAGAAAAGGCAGAGUUGGCUUCAAAUUGUGAUCAUGAUGAUGACUUAUAAAAUUAUUAGUGUUUUUUUUUUUUUUUUUUUUAAAUUCCUUCCAAAGACCCAACACGCACACUCGCUUAUUUCCUUCAAGUCCUAAUUUCCUAAAACCACUUCUGACAUAACCAUCAGACACCUGCACUACCAACCAACCUACGGUAAUAUCACCUUAAAUGAACCCUUUCAUAAGCAUCAUUCCAAAAUUGUUUUCUGAUGACUGCACCAAUUCAGUAACACCAAGUCGUGUUAAGAAUCCAAUUUUACUCCGCUAAAAACACCAUUUUGAGUGUAAUGUCAACAAUUGACUCAAAAUAUCGAUUUUUUUUUUUUUCCCCCUCUCGCCUAAAAUUAACAUCUUUUUUGUAAUAUUCCAACUUUAAUCUUGUAAUUUUGCUGCUUUACUCAUAUGACUAUUCGUAAAAAUGUUUUAUUUUACUCUGGAAAUAUAAUUGGAUUCUUGGACAAAUUUAUGCUUUUCUUGUAGUAUGACUUUAAUCGCAUACAUAUUUAGCUUCUUUUUAGUCGCAUUAUAUUACAUUACAUUUUUUAAAUGGUAAAAUUCGGACUUCUGGUAGUUUUAUGACUAUUCAUGUAGAAAAUGUUAUUUUAGAAUUGUGCUGUUUUUCUUGUAAAAUUCCUUUUUUUUCCUUCUCAUACAAUGGCUUUAUUCAUAGAAUUAGUUUUUUGCUGAAGUACGAUUUUGUUUUUCCUUUGUAAAUGUGCGAAUUUAAUUUGCAAUUUCUUCCUCCUAAUCUUGAUUUAUUGUCAUACAAUUACAAUUGUUAGUGUGAGAAAUGUAUGACUUCUCAUGGCACUGCCAUUUAUUAUGUCUUCUUGGAUUGCAAACUUGCGACCCCCCCUCCCCCCCCCCUCCAAAAAAAAAAAAAAUUGCAACUAAUUUCACAAUAUUAACAUUUUCCAGUAAUAUAACCGAUUUUUUCUCCCCUCAAUUCGAGGGGGAAAAAAAAUAGCAAUUAGCUAAAAACUCAAUCAAUGGCCUAAUCAGGUGGCUUGUGGUUCCCACUGAUAAUUCAAGCAUCAACAUUCCAUUUUCCUCUUUGCAAAACUCACUUGACAAAGUGCCUCAUUCGUCCUCCAUUUUCGAUUGGAAUUUGAGUGGCGACUACAAAGAGAAGGGCGCCACUCUGGAGUGCUAAUAGCAGCGAUUAUUCAAGGAAAUCAUUUGUGCAAUUAAAAUUUGAAAUGACAGUAAAACAAAAGAAAAAGAAGGCCCCAUUAAAAGUCAGGCAUUACGUGUACACGUCAAUAUAAAUAAAAUGGGAUGAUAUGUCUCAUAACACACAAAAAUACUGAUGAUGCUCACACUACCUAGGAUUAUUAUCAUCAUCAUUUUUACCAUUAUUAGGACCACACUGAACAGAAAAUCUAAAUCUUUUUAACUCAAAUUUUGUUUUAAAAAAAAUCUUGUCAUUUUAUGACUGCUCUUGUAAGCCUAGAUAUUUUUCUCAGAAUUUCUUUUUGUAUUGGUAUAUUUCUUUCCCGUUAUUAGACUAUAGUUGGGUAAAUUUACAUUUCUAAUUCGAUGAAUUUAUUCUCCUAAAUUUCCAAAAUGUUCCCUGUAAUUGUAUGUUCUUUUUUAUAGAUGAAUAGGAUUUUUCUCAAUUUAUGACUAGCAUAAAUUUCUAUUUCCCCCCCCCCCCACUAA